AUGAUAAGUGAUAUUUGGAACGAUUAUUGGAAACAGCAUUUGAAUUCGGUGAUAAUUUCGACACCGCCCGUCGAAAUCGAUAAAUCAUCGACGUCACGCGAGGAAACCACGUCACCGGAUGAUGAGUUUGGAGAGGAGGAAUUGGAGGAUUGUUUUGGAGGUCAGUUGCCACGUGGCAUGAGUUAUCCUAACUCGAAAUUGAUUUUCAGAUGAUACUGAAAGUGGAGAAUCGGCGGCGAAAAGACGAAGAACACGGACCAAUUUUUCGGGUAGGCUUGAUUUUUGGGAAGUGAAAAAAUUCACUGUUUCAAAAAUUUUAUCUAUUUUUUUCAUGAAAUUUCUAUACGAUAAGUACAAUGAUUAUAAAAAAAAACAAAAAAAAUUUAUUGAAGUUAGCGAAAGUUCAGAUUUUUCACCUGAAAAUUUCCAGAAAUUGUUGUUCAUAAAAUUUCACUGUUUCAAAAUAAGUUUUUUAUGAUUGGGAAUUUUUGAUGAUAUUUAACAUCGUUAUUAUAUUUAACAUCGUUAUUAUAUCUCGAAGUUCACGAAAUCAAAUUUUUUCCAGAAAAUAGAAAUUUCAGGCGAUUCUUCAGAAAUUAGUGAAAAGCUAUGGAAAAAAGGCUGAAAUUUUCAGAUUUUUUUUCGAAAAAUAAUUCACUGUUUCAAAAAUUCCUGAAAUUUUUAUUAAAUUUGAAAAAUUUUAAUUAAAAGAAGGGUUCAGGGAAAAAAUCACUGUUUCAAAAUUUUCAUAUAAUUUUUUUUAUGGACAAUAAAGUGAUAUUCAUUGUUACUUAAUUUGUAAGAGAAUAUGCAGAAGAAAUUUCGAACUUUAAAUUUUUCUGUAAUUUUUCAGCUGAAUAUUCGAGAUUUUUUUUCGAGAAAUAAUUCACUGUUUCAAAAUUUUUAUGUAUUUUUUCAUGAAACUUCUAUACAAUAAGUACGAUCAUUAUAAAAAAAACAAAAAAAAAUUCAUUGAAGUUAGCGGAAGUUCAGGAUAAUCCCGGAAAAAAAUUGUUGAAAAAUUUCACUGUUUCAAAAUAUUUUUAAAAAUUUUUUGAAGUAAAUGGAAAACUCAAUUCUAUAGAAGCUCAGCACUGUUUCAGAAUUUUCCGUUCAUAAAAUUUCACUGUUUCAAAAUAAGUUUUUUAUGAUGGGAAAUUUUGAUGAUAAUGUUUUAGUGUGUGUGAACUUCACGAAAUCAAAAAUUUUCCAGAAAAUAAAUUUCAGGCGUUUCUUCAGAAAAUAGUGAACAAUUCUGUAAAAUUAGAUUUUCAAGGCUUUUUUCAAUUUUCAGAUUUUUUUUCGAAAAAUAUAUCACUGUUUCAAAAAUUCCAGAAAAUUUCAUUAAUUUUUGGAAAAUUUUAAUUAAAAUAAGGGUUCAGGGAAAAAAUCACUGUUUCAAAAUUUUCUGUAAUUUUUCAGCUGAAAAUUUGACUGUAAUAUUUUUAAAAAUAAAAUUUCACUGUUUCAAAAAUUGCAGAAAUUUUCAUCAAUUGUUGAAAUUUUAAUGAGGACCAGUUCUUUCCAAUAAAAAAAUCACUGUUUCAAAAUUUUCAUAUAAAUUUCUCAAUCGCUGAAAAUUGUGAUAAUGCAGACUUUGUCUCAAAAUUUAAUUCCAGGUUGGCAAUUAGAAGAACUCGAGUCAGCAUUCGAAGCCAGUCACUAUCCGGAUGUUUUCAUGAGAGAAGCGCUAGCUAUGCGGCUAGAUUUAUUAGAAUCUCGAGUUCAGGUACAGUAGUAUUUUUUGUUUGUUGGCUCAAAAACAUUUUUUUUGGCUCACGCUAAGGGAAUUAUUAUGAGGAGCCUACUGUAGUUAUUCUUUUUUUUUGACUAACAAAAAAAAUAUUUUUUUUUCGUUUCUCGGUCAUUAAUUUUGUGCCUAAAAAUAAAAUAAAACUUGGCCAUCAGAUAGCCCGAAAAAACGAAUUUUUGGCUCCAAAAUGAGAUAAGAGCGAGAAUAAAUCUAUUUUGUUUGUUGUGUUGCGAUUCUCCCAAGAUAAAAGUACCUUUUUCAAAAAAAAAAACAUUUUUCUCUUAAGGUUUGGUUUCAAAAUCGACGAGCGAAAUGGAGAAAACGGGAAUCGGCGAAAAAUGGCGGGAAUUUGAGUGGGAACGGGAAAAUUGAUGAGAAUAAUAUGACGAUUGAUUCGAUUAGGGUGGGUUUUUGGGAUUUUCAGACGAAAUCUGGAAUUUUUCUCGGAAAACAUUGUUUAGAGCAUUUCAAGAGCUACAAAAUGCAUCUAAAUAUGAUUCUGGAAAAUUCUAACUUUUUCAGUUCGAUUUCCAGCCAAAAUCUGAAAAUUUCGCAGAAUCAUAUUCAGACUCAUUUUGUAGCUCUUGAAAUUCUCUACAGAAUGAGCACAAAUGAGCCUUGGAAAAUUCAAGAUUUGGCUGAAAAUCCCAUCUAGUUUUCGAGCCGGAUUUUCAGUCAAAUUCUGAAACUUCCCAGUAUCAUAUUCAGAUUCAUUUUGUAGCUCUUGAAAUUCUCUACAAAAUGAGUCCAAAUGAGCCUUGGAAAAUUCAAGAUUUGGCUGAAAAUAUCGUCUAGUUUUCGAGCCUGAUUUUCAGCCGAAAUCUGAAAUUUCCCAGAAACAUUUUCAGAUUCAUUUUGUCAUUUCCCAAAUUCCACGUCACAAUCUUCCAGACCGCUCCCACAUUUCCCUUCUCAAUCGACUCAAUUCUCGCCGUGAGUCGAGUGCCACGUGGCCGCCGUCCAAAUGCAAAAUAUCCACGUGUCCAAGCUUGCAAAAACCUCUCGCCCUUCAUGUUGCCACUAUUUCCCAUAACUCAACCCGCCGGAACUGUGAUUCGAGAAAAAUCGCCGAUUAUUAGCAAUACUACACCUAUUUCAGCACCUACGGUGACUUGUACAAUUACAACAGUUGCGGAUUUGCUAAAAGAUUGA